UUACUCACUAAAAGGUUGUUUUACAAAGCAUGAACUGGGGAUAUUGUUCGUUAAUUGUUUCAUUUUUUAUCUUCAGUGCUGCAAGUUCAAAUCCGCUUGUAAAUACUACAAAUGGAUUGAUAGAGGGGACAUAUUUUACAACAUGGAGUGGGAGAGUCAUUUGUGCCUUUUUGGGAAUCCCAUACGCAGAUCCCUUAAAACCCCAUGAAAGACUUCAAAAUGCCAAGAUGUCUAUGGGCUGGGCAGGGAUUUAUCCAGCAAAAAGAUUUAGUCAAAAAUGUAUCCAGAUUGUCGAUGACUCAUUUUAUGAUCCAGUUGUUGGAGGUGGUGAUGAUUGUUUGUUCUUGAACAUUUUUACUCCAUCUGUGACAAAUACAACAAAACUGGACGUGGUUUUCUUCAUCCAUGGAGGAAGUUUCAUGCACGGCAGCGGUGAUCUAUACACUCCUGACUUCCUUAUGGAUCGGCAUAACAUAGUUUUUGUAACUGUAAACUACAGAUUAGGCCCUCUCGGGUUCUUAUCGACUGAAGAUGAAGUGAUACCUGGCAACUUGGGUUUGAAAGAUCAAGCAUUAGCUUUGAAAUGGGUUAGAGAUAAUAUAGAAUAUUUUGGAGGUAAUAAAAAGAAGAUAACUCUCCUUGGGGAAGACGCGGGAGCAGCAAGCGUUCAUAUGCAUUAUAUGAGCCCAACGACCAAACAUUUGUUCAAGCAGGGGAUUUCCCUCGGUGGAUCAGCCUUUUGCCCUUGGGCUCUAUCUGAAAAACCACGUUUAAAAGCUGAACGAUUAGCAAGAUCCAUGCGCUGUGUCAACACCACAUCUCAAACGAUACUCAAUUGUUUUCAAAAUUACCCUCACAAUAUCAUGAUGGAAAAGGUAAAACGUUUGUUCAUGCCAUGGAACUCUUUGCCUUUUACUCCUUUUGGUCCAGUCAUUGAGAAAUCUAGGGAUCCUUUCUUAAAUGACCACCCUCAUAAAAUAAUCCAAGAGAAUAAGUUUAAAGAUGCCCCUUGGCUGGUGGGCUUGACAAGCCAUGAAGGGCUGUAUCCUGGUGCUAAGUUUGCUAAAAAUCAUGAAAUACUUGAGGAACUUGAUGAGAAUUGGCAUAAAAUCGCCCCUUUUCUCCUGGACUACAACCAUACAGUACCUCGACAGAUGAUGGCCUCGGUUAGUGAGAAAAUAAGGCAAUAUUAUUUUGGAAAUGGUGAAAUUUCUGCUAAACUUAGACGAGAGUUUAUAGAGAUGUUAGGUGAUCGGUUCUUUGUUGCAGAUACAGAGAAAGCUGUUCGUUUGCAAGCGUCUGCUUCCAAAUCAUAUGUAUUCUUGUACAGGUUCGGAUACAGAGGGAGACACAGUAAAGCCUUCUCUCUAUGUGGCUGCAAAGACAAUAUGGGCGCAAGUCACGGAGACGAUUUGUUGUAUUUGUUCAAAACACCAGGAUAUAAUGUAACUGAAACUAAGUACGGAGAGGCCUUGAUGCGGCAGAUGGUCGAUAUUAUAAUUUCGUUUGUUGUAAACGGCUUUCCAAAAGUGGACGACAACACGAUAUGGAAACCUGUACAGCGGGAAGCUGUCAAGGGCCAUAAUAUCCACUACAUGGAAAUCCUAACAAGCAAAAAUCUAAAUUUUAAAAACUCACCGGAUCUAGGAAAUCGCAGAUUCUGGAGUAGCCUACAUUUGGCCGAGUUGCACAAUAUUCUAGGCGAACAUAAAAAGUUGUACGAUGAACUAUAAAAAAAAAACAAAAAAAAACAAGAUACCCAAGACUAUUUGAUAGGCCUAAUGAUAGAAAUUUAGUUUAAUUAUUUAUCUAAUAAUGUAUAUAAUUCAACAAGCCACACAUUAUAGAACUUGUAUUAUAUCGUAAGAUUGUAUUUUU